GGCACUUGCAGAGGGGGCUGGGGCUCGCGGAGGUGAUCCGGAAGAGGAGUGCUCCCAGACAAUGAACUUCCAGGUGACAGGCCUGGCCCUGGACAAAAUGAAGCUGGACAGUCCACAUUCCUUCCUGGACGCAGAGGAGGUGGAGGAGGCAGAGGAUCAGCAGCUGCUGGAGCCGGAGGCUUGGAGGACAUACAUGGAGCGCCGCAAUGUGCUGCGUGAGUUCCUGACCACAGACCUGAGCCCCCAGCUGCUCAAGCGCCACCAUGCCCGCAUGCAGCUGCUCAAAAAGUGCUCCUACUACAUUGAGAUCCUCCCUAAGCACCUGGCCCUGGGUGACCAGAACCCACUGGUGCUGCCUAACACCAUGUUCCAGCUCAUUGAUCCCUGGAAAUUUCAGCGCAUGAAGAAGGUGGGGACAGCACAGACCAAGAUCCAGCUCUUGCUGCUUGGGGACCUGCUGGAGCAGCUAGACCAUGGUCGGGCAGCCUUGGAUGCCUUGCUUGAGGCUCCUGACCCACGGCCCUUCCUGGCUGGCUGGGGGCUUGUGGAGCAGCAGUUGGCAGACCUGUCAGUUGUCAUGGACAACUUCCUAGCCAUGAUGGUACCAGGACACCUGCAUGUCAAGCACCGCCUGGUGUCUGACAUUGGAGCCACCAAAAUCCCACACAUCCGGCUUAUGCUGAGCACAAAGAUGCCAGUUAUGUUCGACCGGAAGGAGUCAGUGGCCCAUCAAGACUGGGUCAGCUUGCGCUGGUUUGUUACCAUCCAACCAGCGGCACCAGAGCAAUAUGAACUGCGCUUCAAGCUGCUGGAGCCGAGGACACAACAGGAGUGUACACAGUGUGGUAUAGUCCCUGUGGCUGCCUGCACCUUUGAUGUCCACAAUCUGUUACCCAACCGUACCUACAAGUUCACCAUCAAGAGGGCAGAGAGCUAUACCCUGGUGUAUGAGCCCUGGCGGGACAGCCUCACUUUGCAGACCACGCCAGGACCUCCUGAAGGACCUGCCCCCAGUCGGCUGGGCAAGCCCAGCCUGCCCCUGACCACACCUUCUGAGAGAUGAUUUUCUAAUAUUUAUCCACUAAUAAAGAGGAGUAUACGCAC